AUGGGGGACACAAUUGAUAGACUGGACGAUGCUUUCCGCGCACCUUCCCCUCUGCGAUCUCUCUUUGUCUCAGAAGAGACACCCCCUCCAUCAGGAGAAGUUGACUGCCCGCUACUGGAUGCAAAACUAGACGGAGCCAUUGACAGCUUACGAAAUGGCGAGACUGCCUCGCUACAUGAAGCAGCAAUGCGCUACGCAGUCCCGGAUUCACUUUUAUAUACCCGUGAGGCAGAUGAACCUAGAGUUUGUCAAUAUAUUGUUCAAUGGCUUCAAUCAGGGUUUCCGACUUCGCCGCAUCUAGUCCGCGAAGCUGGAAAUGCUCUACACAAACGAAAAUGCGAUUCCUUGGAUCUGAACUUUAAGCCCCUUGCUCAAGUCUGGGGUCGCCGAUUUCUAGAAUAUCAUCCCCAAUUGAAGGAAACUAUCGACUCAUAUGCUGAGGAUCAUAAGAGAACCAAGCAACCUCAACCUGAUAAAAUCUCCAGCUUUAUUGAUCUCUUCGAGAAGACAAGAAAGCAGUAUGAUAUCCACCCAGACGACAUCUGGAAUGCUGAUGAAAAGGGUUUCAUGCUUGAGAUUCCACAAGGCCGCACCCAGAAGACCAACAUUUCCAAAAAGUCACUCCAACAUAAAGCCAGUAGAUUCCUCGCGCUCAGCGAAGACUGGGUCUCUACGAUUGAGUGUUGCAAUACGGGUGGCCGGAAGACUCUAUCUCAACGUGGUACAUCAUCGAAUCGAGCCACGCGUUUGCUCCUGCUAGAUGGACACUCUUCUCCUAUCUCAUUUGAGCUUUUCCUCACCUGCUGGGAAAAUCAUAUCAUACCACUUUGCAUCCCUCCAAGAACCUCGCAUCUCCUGCAUCCACUAGAUGUUGGGACGCUCUCGAAAUUCACCAAUAUCUACACUGAUGAACUACGGAAUGCCUUACAGACCGGAAACUUGCGCAUAAGCAAGGAUGCAUUCGUUCCGCUGUGGUGGGUUUCUCGGCAGGAUGUCAUGGACCCGGCGAACAUCUUCACGGGCUGGCGAAAUUCAGGAAUAUGGCCUGUCAGCAAGGGAAUUGUCUACAAACGGGCGGGAUUCGACCUUCCGGAAGCUAGACCUUUCCCAAAUGUUACGCAGCUGGAUGCCCCAAUCACUGCAGAGGUGUUCAGUACUCUGCUGCGUCAGAUGGAUUCCAGCCCACCAGAAACUGCGGCUCAGCUACGCGAGUUCUUGAUAAGUUGCUUUGAUCAGCAACGCCGCACUGGCGAGUUAUUUCAAGAGGCUUUGAGCGACCUACAACAACGUGCACCUGAGCUGCAAUGA